CCGAAGGGCAGGCCCUUGCCUCUCGGUGGCAUUUAAAGCCGGUGCUGCUGCCACCGGACACCAAACACCGCCUUCCCCCCUGAAAGCAGGCUCACCAGCGGGAAGAGCCCAAAAGCAAGCCUUGGAUCUCUGGUCGAGAUCGCCAGAGAGAAGGAAGGGAACCCCAGUGUCCGAGGCCCUCAGCGUGACUCCGCAGCAAUGCCUCCUCAGCUCCCCAACGGCCUCAACUUCUCGGCCAAGGUCGUCCAGGGCAGCCUGGACAGCCUGCCCCAGGCGGUGCGCGAGUUCGUGGAGACCAACGCCAGCCUGUGCCAGCCCGAGUGCAUCCACAUCUGCGAUGGCUCCGAGGAGGAGAACAUGCAGCUGCUGCACGAAAUGGAGGAGCAGGGCACCAUCAAGAGGCUGAAGAAGUACGACAACUGCUGGUUGGCUCUCACUGACCCCAGGGAUGUAGCCAGAAUCGAAAGCAAGACGGUCAUCAUCACCCGAGAGCAGAGAGACACAGUGCCCAUCCCCAAGAGCGGCCUCAGCCAGCUGGGCCGCUGGAUGUCGGAGGAGGACUUUGAGAAAGCGUUCAAUGCCCGGUUUCCGGGGUGCAUGAAAGGUCGCACCAUGUAUGUCAUCCCCUUCAGCAUGGGGCCCCUGGGCUCGCCUCUGGCCAAGGUCGGCAUCGAGCUGACGGACUCGCCCUACGUGGUGGCCAGCAUGCGCAUCAUGACGAGAAUGGGGACGCGCGUCCUGGAAGCUCUGGGGGACGGGGAGUUCGUCAAGUGCCUCCAUUCCGUGGGGUGCCCCCUGCCUCUGAAAAAGCCGCUGGUCAACAACUGGGCCUGCAACCCCGAGCAGACGCUCAUCGCCCACCUCCCCGACCGCAGGGAGAUCAUCUCCUUCGGGAGCGGCUACGGCGGCAACUCCCUGCUGGGGAAGAAGUGCUUCGCACUCAGGAUGGCCAGCCGGCUGGCCAAGGAGGAGGGCUGGCUGGCCGAGCACAUGCUGAUCCUGGGCAUCACCAGCCCCCAGGGCCAGAAGAAGUACUUCGCGGCCGCGUUCCCCAGCGCCUGCGGGAAGACCAACCUGGCCAUGAUGAACCCCAGCCUGCCCGGCUGGAAGGUCGAGUGUGUGGGUGACGACAUCGCCUGGAUGAAGUUCGACCAGCAAGGGAACUUAAGGGCCAUCAACCCAGAGAACGGAUUUUUUGGUGUUGCUCCCGGAACCUCUGUGAAGACCAACCCCAACGCCAUCAAGACCAUCCAGAGGAACACCAUCUUCACCAACGUGGCCGAGACCAGCGACGGCGGCGUCUACUGGGAGGGCAUCGACCAGCCGCUGGCCCCUGGGGUCAAGGUCACCUCGUGGAAGAACAAGGACUGGACUCCCGGGGACGAGGAGCCGUGUGCCCACCCGAACUCGCGGUUCUGCACCCCCGCCAGCCAGUGCCCCAUCAUCGACCCUGCCUGGGAGGCUCCAGAGGGCGUGCCCAUCGAGGGCAUCAUCUUCGGAGGGCGCCGGCCUGCUGGUGUCCCUCUGGUCUAUGAAGCUCUCAGCUGGCAGCAUGGAGUGUUUGUGGGGGCGGCCAUGAGGUCUGAGGCUACAGCAGCCGCCGAGCACAAAGGCAAAGUCAUCAUGCACGACCCCUUUGCCAUGCGGCCCUUCUUUGGCUACAACUUUGGCGAGUACCUGGCCCACUGGCUCAGCAUGGCCCAGCGCCCCGCGGCCAAGCUGCCCAAGAUCUUCCAUGUCAACUGGUUCCGGAAGGACAAGGACGGCAGGUUUCUCUGGCCCGGGUUCGGGGAGAACUCCCGGGUGCUGGAGUGGAUGUUCCACCGGAUCAACGGGGAUGGCGGCGCCAAGCUCACGGCCAUCGGCUACGUCCCCACCGAGGAGGCCCUGAACCUGAGCGGCCUGGGCGACAUCAACAUCAAGGAGCUCUUCGACAUCUCCCGGGAAUUCUGGGAGAAGGAGGCGGAGGACAUUCAGGCCUACCUGGAGGAGCAGGUGAACGCCGACCUCCCUCAUGAGAUCCGGAGGGAGGUGCUGGCUCUGAAGCAGAGAGUCAGCCAGAUGUAGGGAGAGCCGGGGCCGCACCCUCGCACCCCCUCCCGGUCCGCGAGGUGUGCUGGGCUUCCCAACCCGCGGCCGCCCGCCGCCCGCAGUGACCACACCCCUGAGCCUUUCCAACAACACACGUUAAUUGUUUAGACACGACCGCAGGUACUGGCUAGUCACUAACGAGAUCGGGGAGGGGAAUCCUAGCACGUCUCCCAAAUUCACGAUUCCGUGCACGUUUGCUCAAUCUUCAGGAUACUCAGGCCUUUAGUCAUUGUCACUGUAGCUAUCAGUUAGCAGGAAUGCACAGAAAACAAUACUUGAGCUGUAUAUACGUGUAUAUGUGAGUGUGUGUGGUGUGCUUGUGCGUGUGUGUUUAUGUACUGUUAUCUAAAACGUAUUUAAUACCUUUGGAAAAAAUCUCGGGCAAGAUUACCUACUAGUUGUUGCUAGACAGAAAUGUUGCUUUAUUAUUAAUAUGUGUGUUUAAAUUAUUUUUAUAUACAGUUGUUCCUUACCUUUGCAUCAUUUCACCUUUUCUCUGAACAUGUCUUGGAAAAUUACAAAAUAAACGUUUAUAGAAAGGUG